GGGGGGAUGUGUGUUCCACUGUGAUACUGAUGUCAUAGCCGAAUGAUCAUGAAUGCCAAACCCUCGUAGACGCCGAGUGUGUCACACGCCCCCUCCAUACCUCCUAGAGACCGGUCAAUUUUAAAACCUUUGACAUUAUUUAUUAACCUAAUAUUGGCCGACCUAUAUUAACUAAGUCUAUUAAAUAUUGGCGUUCUAAAAUAUUUUACAAACGCAAAUGUCAAGCACAAAAAGACUGUUUACUUUGAAAGAAAUUUCAAAACAUAAUUCGCCAGGAAAUAUAUGGAUUGUAGUACAUGGAAAAGUGUACAAUAUUUCGAAAUUUAUCACCGAGGUAAAUGUCAAUUUUAUAGUGAUACGCAAUGUGUCUGAGUGUUUCAAACAAAUAUUUACAUUCUGCUUUUCUUUAUAUCAAUUAAGCCUGAUUAUUUGUAGAUCGAUAUCUCUCAAUACAAAUACUUAAUGUCGAAGUACUCUUAACUCACUCAAAGUACAUGUUUGGAAAAAUUAUGUAUAAAAAAUAGAAACUUGUCGAAGACUGUCAUAUUAAAAUUCGCAGUUAUAGUGUUAUACUGUAAAGUUUUGAUGAUUGCCCAAACACAAUGUAAAGUCGGUCGACAAGCUUUACAAGGAGCUAUAUACUAGUAAAGCUUUGUGGGUAUUGAUUGUAUCUUAUUAGGGGACGGGUGUCGGGUUGUAAGUCGUAAUUUCGUUAAUUCGUAUACCAUUUAAUAUAAUUUUUAUGAUUUAGCACCCAGGAGGUGAAAUACCACUGUUUGAUAAAGCAGGUAAAUUCAAAUUGUAUCAAUAUAUUAAAUUGUUUCUGAGUUGUAUAAUUUAUAAUGAGAAAAGAUCCUCCCUGUCCCCAAGGCCAAGGAGGAAAUUUCUGCCUUCUGGAGGGCAGGGCAAUUUUUAAUAUACAGGCUAACAGGCUGUCCCAAAAAAUGCCCCCCCCCCCACCCUAUUGUUGGUUAAUUACUAUAAGUUAUGACAGGUUGAGGCUCAUGCCUUAACAACAGUAAUGUAAUGGAUUAAAAUUUUCUGAGCAGUGGAUGUUUGAAUGAAUUUUCACUUGAAAUUCCAUGCAUCUACUGAAAUCUCAUUUAUCUGCCUAUAUACAUAUAGCCUAUCACUACUAGUAUUUCAAAGCAAAAGUCAAUCCCAUUUACUUUGAAGUUCUACUGGUUAUUGAUUGAUGUCAAUUGUCUAACAAAUGUGUCCUGUAAUCCUUAAUUAAUAUGUAGGAGAGGAUGCCACAGAGGCAUUUGAUAAUAUCGGUCAUUCCGAAGAGGCAAAACAUCUGAUGAAAGAAUAUUAUAUUGGUGAUAUUUAUGAUGAUGCUGAUAUGUAAUGGCCGGUUCAAGCAUUAAAUAUUGUUCCACUUCAUGCACAAAUAAAUCUUUCAUUCCAACCAAGACCAAAGAAGACAAAAUUGUUACAGAAUAUUUAAAAUUUGUACACAUAACAGUUUUAUAAAAGAAUUAAUCUGUAAUGCCUUUAAACCCAUAUCAUGUUGGAAACAGAAUAUCAUGGUUGCAUGAGUUAAUGAGGAAAUAAUAUUUAUAAAGUAUAGCAUGAGAACGAUUUAUGGAAAUAUGCACAGCAGGAUGGUUGCAAAAAUGUGAGCUGACAUGGUUCGUGAUUUUAAAAAUUAAUAACUAAGAACUCUACUCUACUGUGUGCCUUGUGUAAAAUAUUUUAUUUAUUUAAAAAAUAAAAAUUUAAAUAAAAAAUUGUGUAAGAUACUAAUGAACAAAUUAAUAUUAAUUUUGUAUAAAUAAGUAUUUUAACAUUUUUUUCUAGAGUAA